UGCUGUUGCGCACGAGGCCGCACAAGUUUGCAGGAGACGCAGAUGGUGCCGAUGAAAGGAAAGGAUCGGGGAGAGGAAGUCAGCUUGAACAGGUCCAACCACAGACACGGUUUCAGAGAGUUUAAGCCAAAGUGAAGUGAAAAGAGAGGUGAAGUGAGAGAGGAAGAUCGUAGUUACAUAUGAGGUCUCUGCGUUAGCUGUUGUUUUUUUUAAAGCAGGGUCAGCACCUAAAAAAAAAAGAAGAGGAAAACCCCCAAAACUGAGAUGUUCCUCCACUUCAGACCUGCAACUUUUGCAGAAGCAAGACCACCCACCGACCUCUACUCCCCUCCUGCACUCUCACGCCCCUACUUUAAGGUGGAAAGAGGUAGAGAGUAGAAAGAGGAAGCUGCAUGAAGCUGAGAAGCUUUUACCUUGUCUUCAGUACUUCUCUGUUUUUUAAAACCAAAUAAUGAAGUACAGAGGAACUAUUCACUCACUUGGGUUGACUGCGACUGAGAGAUAACAGGAGGGUUUUUAAGAGUCGCCAUCAUGAGGCCUAACACCUGCUGGACUCGACUGCAUGUGUCCGUCUUGGCAGUGCUGCUCCUCAUCUUGGAAGCUGACAGUACAGAUGAAUGUGAAGUUCAAAUUAAAGUACGAAGCAAAACAAAAUAUGAAGCUCUCCUUGGAGAAGAAUUAAAGAUUGAAUGUCCAGUUACAUUCUGCAACGAUUCACCACCUGAAGUCUCCUGGGUUAAACUCGAAGAAACUGGUGAUCCUGUAAACAUUAUCAGGGGAAGUCUCUUCGGAUCAGAGUGGAAAACUAUAACGCCUUUAAAGGGAAUUUCAGUUUUGAUCAUUCAAAACUUUGUCAGAAACGACUCAGGUAUAUAUCGGUGUAAAAGUGGUUCCAGUGUUGGACAUAACAUCAAUGUUUAUCUCAACGAGAAUAGUGAGGCUAACAAUUCAACACAAAAGAAAGACUUCAACGGCACCUUUACAGAUGCUGAAUUCCCAGAAGACCUAUGGAUGUACAUGUACACCGCUGCAGGGAUUGUGGCAUUCGUCCUCUUUGUGAUUAUUGUAUCUGUUGCAUCGAUGCGAGGAUGUAAAGGAAAAGCAAAGAACGAGAGGCGAGAGGAUAAUCAGUACAUGGCGAUCCCAAUGGCCGAGCAACCCUUCCCGAACCCCCACAUCCAGCCUUCGCCAAGAGGAAGUCCGUCUCUGCCGCUGCCUCAGAGAUCUAUGCGGAGAAAGACACCGCCGCCACAACCCAUCGAGCCGCCACCCCCGAGAGACAUUGAGUGUGUUUACAGCAAGGUAAACGUGGACAGAGAUCAACAGAGGAACACGUUGGAAGAGAACGGGAGCUCUGUUGUGUAUGCCGCCCUGAACCAUCAGCUCCCGGCCAGGCCUGUUGCUCGGCCGAGGAGGCAGAAGGAGGAGUGCUCAGAGUACGCCGCGAUCCGUGUUAGAGACAGCAGCUCUUAGACCGCUGAGGGACUUUUCAAACUGCCACAACAAGAGAUGUGGA